AUGGCCCCCGGAGAAGCCACGGUGACGGUCUGCCUGGUCCUCUCCUUCAAACACCUCAACUUCAAGCCAGUGGUCUAUCACGGUGUCCACCUUGAUAAGACGGUGAAGGAAUUUAUCCUGUUCCUGAGAAAAGACAUCACCCUGAGACCAGGCCUCCCGUCUCCAUUCCAGCGUUAUAAAUACGACACGAUGAAGAUUAUUCAUCAGGCCCAUAAAUCAAAGGUCAGUAAACCUUUAUCCUCCACAGAACAAUUCUUGGAAAAAUGA